CUCCUACUGCAAUAGAACCUUGAUUAGCACUGAGCAGUGUUUUAGAAGGCUGUCUGAAGCCAAAAGCUACUUAGGUGACUGUAAUCUUCUGAUAACCUUUUCUUGACGUCAAUCACCUUCUCUGUGGAGUCUGGUCACUGAAAGCAUUUGCUCCUCCGUUAAGUGCACAGUACUCAUUGUGAUUGGGUUUGUACUGUAUUGCUGAUUCCAAUGUUUAGCCAUUUUUUAUUUGUUCCAUUGUGCUGGCCCAGGGCCAAAUGAUUGCAGAGUUUUGGUGGAGGAAUAAAUGGAUUAUAGCAAAAUGUGAUUCAUGCACAGCAUUAAAAAUGACAGCUUUAAGGUGAGCACAGUGAUGUAAGGGCAGAAGUGUUGAUAUCCCCUGGCGUGCCUGGCUGGCCUUGGAUGUAUAUAAACCCAACACUGAAUAUUCUUGACUGGAUUAUUAAACUGACUUCCCAUCUUCACUUCUUGGUGGGUACAGAUCUGAAUAACGGAAACAAUGAAUGGCCAAAUUGCAAACUACCACCCUGGAGGCACUGGGGCCUACCCAUCUCACAUAAAUGGAUUUGGUUCUGAAACACCACCUAUGCAGCCUGGAGCAGAUGGAAGCACAAAAAUGAAUGCUAAAGCACUUUAUGAGCAGCGCAAGAACUAUGCGAAGAACAGUAUUAACUCUUUACCAGAUACCUCCCAGUAUCGGGUUGAGCACCUGACCACUUUUGUGAUAGACCGAAAAGAGGCCAUGAUGACAGUUGAAGAUGGAAUAAGGAAAUUAAAACUUCUCGAUGCCAAAGGAAAAGUGUGGACUCAAGAUAUGCUGCUACAAGUAGAUGAUAGAGCUGUCAGUCUUAUUGAUGUGGAGACCAAGAAUGAGCUGGAAAACUUUCCCCUCAACACCAUUCAGCACUGCCAAGCUGUGAUGAAUGCCUGCAGCUACAACUCCAUCCUGGCAUUAGUAUGUAAGGAAUCAGGUCAGAGUAAGCCAGACAUGCAUCUUUUCCAGUGCGAUGAGAUUAAGCUUGAACUGGUCAACUUAAGUAGCAGUUUCCAUAAAAGUCUGUCAUACCUCUUCCGCUUCAAUACAUUUACUCCACUGAGAAUAGCAGACUGGCCCAAGGAUCAGUUCAUUCCACCCUACAUUCCUCGGUUUCGAAAUGGCUGGGAACCUCCUUUAUUAAACUUCAUGGGAACAUCGCGGGAACAUGAACUGAAUCACUUAGCAGAGUCUGUCGCACAUGCAGAGCAUCAGCGCCAGCAAGAACUGCAGCGACUGUCAUUUGAGUAUCCUGGCCCAAAUGAGUUUCCAGCAGCUGACGGGUAUGCAUCCAGCAGUCCAAGUUAUAAGAGAGGGCCACUGCGGGACCAGGGGGCAGCUGUAGCUGCCUUCAAACAAACUGUUAGCUGCCAUGUAGAUAGGAACCUAGAAGCACACAGCAAAGCACAGUUGAAGAAAUAUGCCAAAUCUAAAUAUGACUUCGUGGCAAGAAACAGCAAUGAGUUAUCUGUCCUGAAGGAUGAUAUUUUAGAGGUUUUGGAUGACAGAAAACAGUGGUGGAAAGUUCGUAAUAUGUCAGGUGUUACAGGAUAUGUGCCAAACAAUAUCCUUGACCCAAUUAAAUCCCAAGAACAAGGACGAUCAGAACCAGCAUAUAGCCACACCAUUCAGCAAUUACUUGGAGAAUUAUCUCAGAAACAAAAGCCUGGUAUCAUGCCAGCUGUACCAUCACCUCCAGCAACACCUGCUCUUGUUCCUGCCCCUCCAGUACCUGCACCAGUUCCACUUCCUGUAUCGAAACCUUCUACACCCACAAACAUCAGUCGCCAGAGUAGCAUCUCCAGUGACAGCGGUAGCAGCUUAGCACGAGAGGCAUCAAAGAACAAACAGCUUCCAGGAAACCGUAGAAAGUCCCAAAUGGAGGAGGUGCAAGAUGAAUUGAUACACAGACUGACUAUUGGUAAAAGUGCGGCCCAGAAGAAGCUGCAAGUUCCACGAAGCAACCCAACUCCUGUGAAUCUGAAUUUUGAUUCAUCACAAGAAGAUGUGAGAGCAUGGCUUGAGGCAAAAGGAUUUAGCGCAGUGACUGUGAACAGCUUAGGGGUUUUGACAGGAGCACAGCUUUUCUCUCUGAAUAAAGAUGAACUUCGGACAGUUUGCCCAGAUGAUGGGGCUCGAGUAUACAGUCAAGUUACUGUCCAGAAGGCUGCUUUAGAGAAAAACAGCGGCAGCUCAGAACUUCAAGAAAUUAUGAGAAGGCGACAAGAGAAAAUAAUGUCCAGUGCCACAGAUUCUGGAGUGGAGUCUUUUGAUGAAGGAAGCACUCACUGAUGAGGGAACUGUGCAGAGCAGAAUCACUUUAUUUUUGCUUUAAAAAUGAUAUUUCAAUGAACAGCUUUCAUUUUAGGAAGACAUGGAAAGAAGAUCCAUGAGGGUGAAGCAUAUCCAUAGACAAUGCCAAGAUCUGCUUGGAAUACAAAAACAGUAACAAAGGUUAUCCCAAAUCUUCAGAAACGGGAAAUAUAUCUUGAAGUGGACUGCACAAUGGAAGAGAGACCUUGCUCCCCAGUGAUCUUAACUGUGACUUAUCACAUGCCCUAAAUGUGAUGGAGAUCAUUUUGGGAUUUUUGUUUGUCUCAAGAGUAUGAAAGAAAACUUUGGAGCUUAGUAUUAGGUCUGCUUUGCGGAGACUUGAACCUUUGCACAUUACUCAUAUCAGAAGUGAGAAGUGUCUACUUAACUUGCAUCUUUUUCAAAGAAAGAGUAUUUGAGGCAUAUUUAUGUUUGUCAAAUAAUGCCAAAAAAUGAAAGCUUAUACAGACGUGAAUCAAAGCAAUGCAGCUUUUUUAUUUUAUUUUUUUUACACAUAUCAUUUUCAGUGACUAUUACUUGAGUUUUUGGGGCACUUCCUUAUAUCAUAUAUAGUUACACUGUUAGCGAUAGUGAAUAUGCUGGUUUAAAUUGUAAUUUUUUGUGAAAGCAAGUAACAUUCUUGGUAUUUAUUUAAGAUAUACCCUGUGACGGGAUACCAAGGAAAUGUUAUUGUUGGGUAAAACAUCACUGAGUGACUGAAAUGUGUUAGACAAAGAUUGGACUUAGAUGGCAGUUACUUGUUCAUUUUUAAAACAUGUCCCAGUGAAAGCAAUAAUGAAGCAUAUUUAUUGUGAACUAUUUCAGGCCUACUUAGUACUGGGGCGUUAUGAGAAUAAAAAUGAGUUGUACUUUAAGGAAGUGUAUCAUUUUAAUCCCUUCUGUCAGCAGAUUACAAACCGCAGUUCCUUAUUAAAAGGAUAAGAUGCUUUGCCUUUAUAAAGAUGUCCAAGACUUCAUCCUGUGACAGCUUAAACCUUGACACUGUGCAAGCAUGAAUUUUGAGCUUUGGCCACUUUUCCUUGUCUGGGUUGUGUCUGAGAAAACUAGGGUGUGCAUGGCUUGCAAUUCUCUGGUGGCCUUUUGCUUGCCCAGCCUUCUUAUAGUUUUAUAAAAAAAGAAAAAAAGAGCUUUAUCUCUUCUGAAGUGAGGAUGUCUGAGCAGAAAGUAGAUACACAAAACAAUGCCAUAUAUUUGUAGAUGCUGCACUUCUCAGAAGAUACUGUUUCACUGUCAAAUAGAUUAUACACAAGCACUCUGAGCUCCUAUCAUUUUUAAGAUGACUUGUUUUGAUAUCGGUACUUCAUUCCUUCAUUUUUCUGUACUUAUGAUUAAUUUAGGUUUUUGUGGACCAAGAAGCAUGAUUUGGGGGUGGGGUGGCUUUUGUUGGACAACCCACAAGUGAAACACAUAGACCUCUUUAGCGAUCUGUGACUGGCUUGUUUGAUUUGGUCAGUUUUAAAAAGGCAGAUGUGGGCCUUUUGGACUGAGUAUGUAAUGCAUCUGUUAAUACUAGAAAGCUGCUAAAUUGUAAGUACUUCCCCGCCCUAUUCAUUCUUGCUGUCCAGCUUAAAUUGUUACCAUAGUCUUGAUAAGCACACCACCAACCUUUCUUUUCAAGUUACAUGGUAUCAGGCUGCCAUUAUCUUCUAGAAUUAUCUUAAUUCUGUCUCACCAUGUGUUGAUCUGUUAAUAUAUACAUAUAAAUGCAAUUUGAAAUAUUUUAGUGAAGCUGUCCAGUAAAUGUGUUUUUUCCUGAGAUGAAAUGUCUUUUUUUUUUCAGUGAAUGUAUGUAAUGUAAAUGUACAUUGUAAAGAGGACUUGUAAAUUUUGGCAAUGGUAAAUCCAUGUAGCUGGAAUCACACUUGUUAUUAAAUAGUUUCACGGUGCCUUUUCCACAUGAUUCAUUUAAGAGUUUGCAAUAAACAGUGUUUGGCACAUUC